AUGUCAGAGGAAAAGCUGCAAAAAGUGACAGUUUUUGGAGCAGGUUUAUUAGUUGGGACUGCUCUUGCUGUUAUUAUACCUGAGGGUGUGAGAGCUUUGUUCUCAGAGAGGGUCGCUCCCCUUGUGACUAAAGAUUAUACGCCAGAGCCCGCUAGCCAUAGUGAUUUGCAUUCGGUGAUUGGCAUUUCUUUAGUCCUAGGCUUUGUUUUUAUGCUAUUGGUGGAUCAACUUUCAUCAAGAUAUAAUGAUGCAACCAACCCAACAGAGAAAAAUAUAACUGCAACAGUUGGACUAGUUGUCCAUGCAGCUGCGGACGGUAUAGCCCUAGGGGCGGCGGCCACCACGUCUCACGCCGACGUAGAACUGAUCGUGUUCCUGGCGAUCAUGCUGCACAAGGCGCCCGCCUCCUUCGGGCUGGUCACAUUCCUCAUGCACGCCGGAUUAGACAGGAAUCGAAUCCGCAAACAUUUGCUCGUGUUCUCGUGCUCCGCUCCACUGCUCGCGCUGCUCACGUACUUCGGUAUCGGAAAUGAGAACAAACAGACGCUCAGCGAUUUCAACGCCACCGGGAUAGCGAUGCUGUUCUCAGCGGGUACUUUCUUAUACGUGGCGACCGUCCACGUGCUGCCCGAACUAACGCACACACACGCGCACACGCACACGCUGCUACCAAUGCAGGAGGGCGUUGCCCCCAAAAAGGGCUACGGGGGACUCCAACUGUGCGAAGUGGUCAUACUGGCGUUCGGCGCCAUGCUGCCCGUCGUCCUCACGAUGGGCCAUGAACAU